AUGAUCAUUGCUUUGUUUGUAGUCUCAACUUUGGAUACUUGGGAGGUUCAACAGGAUUCCAAGUCAACACUAGAGUGUGAUCGAACAUUCUUCCUUUGUAAGGAUGGAUCCGAAUGUGUCAGUUUUGAAUACCUUUGUGAUGGUGACCAAGACUGUCCUGAUGGGUCUGAUGAGAUGGACUGUUCUGAAAUGUGUGAUGAACCAGAUGCAUUUAAAUGCCUAGAAGGAAUUAGUUGUAUUCAAGGUCAUCUACGUUGUGACGGUAUUGCUCAAUGUCAAGAUGGAUCUGAUGAAAGGAAUUGCUUUCAAGAAUCUGACCCAUGUGGUUUCUGGUGUGAUGAUCACCAAAGAUGUAUUCCUUCUGAUUGGAAAUGUGAUGGCAGUGAAGACUGUAAUGAUCAAACUGAUGAACUAGGAUGUGCCGAGAUCGACGGCCGGGGCCAGUCCAUGGUCAUUGGAACCCGCGUUGAUGGUGCUGGAGUCCGGGUUGUGAAAAUGCCCUGGGAUGCUGGGACAGCCGAGAUCGACGGCCGGGGCCAGUCCAUGGUCGUUGGAACCUGUGUUGAUGAGUGUGGUAGUGAUGACUUCAUCUGUGAUGAUGGGCAAUGUAUUUCUCUGGCUUUCCACUGUGAUUUGAAAUACGACUGCAGGGAUAAAUCAGAUGAGCACAACUGUAUCAAAUCCAAGAAGGUUCCAUGCCAACCUGGAGAAAUUAUGUGUCCUGUCAGCAAGGAAUGCAUAGUAAAUGAGUGGUGGUGUGAUGACUAUGUAGACUGUGGUGAUGGAAUGGAUGAACAGAACUGCAAACUUUCAGAGAAGCCAUGCAAGGAAUUUCAGUGGCAAUGCCACAACUCUCAAUGUAUUCCUGACUUCUGGCAUUGUGAUGGGCUGAGAGACUGCAAGGAUGGCAGCGAUGAGAUGACAUGCCAAUCAAGACAGUGCAAAAGUUUUGAAUUCCAAUGUGCUACAUCAGAGUGUAUCAAUAUGAAUUUGGUCUGCAAUGGAAAAUCUGAUUGUCCAGAUGCUUCUGAUGAAGGUGGAAAUUGUAAUUCACAAGAAUGCAUAAACUGUAUCAAUGUAUGUUACAGGACACCAAAGGAGCCCAUGUGCGGCUGUUCAAAUGGAUUUAAACUCAUGGCUGACUUGCAUACCUGUGUUGAUAUUGAUGAAUGUAAAGAACUAACAAGCAGACCUUGCAGUCAAAUAUGUCUGAAUAAGAACGGAACCUACAGCUGCAGCUGCUACCCCCAUUAUCUGCUGAACAAUGAUGGACACAGCUGCAAAGUAACAGCCGAGCCUGUUCUUCUUGCAUCCAUCCACCGUGAUAUCCUGCUGUAUGGAUUACACAGUGAGAAAAAGAAUAUCAUUUCUGCUAUUACAAAGAAUAUAAUGUUCCCCCUGGAUUAUGAUUGGAAGGAACAAGUAAUCUUUUGGGCUGACACUUAUUCUAAGAGUAUAAAUUGGAUGAAAUUGAACCAACAUGAUAAAGGAACCCUGAUUGAAGGAAUAUGGUCUGACUGUAUAGCUGUUGACUGGGUGGGCAGAAACCUUUACUGGACAGAUGGUGUAUCUAGUCAUAUUCUGGCAGUAAAAUUGAAUUCCACAAUGCAUGAAAUCAAAGAACAUGUGGUUGUAAUUGGCACAGAUAUAGAGCAACCUCUCUCUUUAGUUUUGCAGCCACUUAAUGGACUAAUGUAUUGGGCUGAGAUUGGAGGAGAGCCCCACAUUGAGAGAGCAGGCAUGGAUGGAACAAACAGAAAAGUAAUUAUCAAGCAUGGGCUUGGAUGGCCAACCAGCUUGACACUUGACCAGCUUGACUGGAAAUUGUUUUGGGCAGAUGGAAAACUUCAUUGCAUUGGUGUGUCAAAUUUAGAUGGCACUAGGAUAAAGAGGCCAUUUGGUGUAGCUGUAUUUGAAGAUAACAUAUACUGGUCUGAUGUGGAAUUGAGAAGUAUUCAAAAAGGUGACAAGAGACUUGGAAAGAACAGGACCGUACUCCUGAAACAUGAUCAAGCAUACAGCUUGAAGAUAAUUCAUGAGGUGCUGCAACCACCAAUUUCAAAUCCUUGUGAAAAAAUAGGCUGCUCACAUUUCUGUUUGUUGGGACCUGGGUUAAAGGGUAGCUGCCACUGUGGGCCAGAAAUGCUGCUGGCAGACAACUUAACCUGUGUAAAGUCAGAUGAUGAGCCUUUUCUGUUGAUGGUAUCUCCCACAGUCAUCACUCAGAUAUAUCUGAAUCGUCUAGACCAAGGCAAAGGAUUGAAAGAUUUACCAGAACACUUAGUUCACCAGCUGAUUAACAUGCAAGUGACUUCUGCUGAUUACAUCUGGAAAGACAAAGUGCUCUACUUUGCAGCGUCUGAUCAAGGUCUUAUUGGUCAUCUAGUGAUGAGGCCUAAUAUUUCCUCAUGGCAGAAGAUUCUCCAGCCUAAUAUUGAGAUCAUCUCUUUAACAGUGGACUGGUUAGGCAAAAAUCUCUACUGGAUCACCAACAAACCUUGUGGAAUUGAAGUCGCAUCUGUUGAUGGCCUUUAUCGACUUGUGUUAAUAGAGCAUCUCAGUCGUUCAACUUCUCUUGUAUUACAUCCCCCUUCAGGCAUCAUGUGUUUCUCUGAGUGGGGGUCAGAAAACCAAGGAGAUGGUCCAAAGAUUGAAUGUUCUUUCAUGGAUGGACAGAACCGAAAAGUUGUUUGGAAAAAGUGUCGCCUUCCAACUGGACUGGCAAUUACAGAAUCUGGCACUCGGCUUUAUUGGAUUGACUUGGAUAAUAAUGUUAUUGACAGUAUUCUCUUGGAUGGUUCAGAAUUUCAAGAGGUGAAAACAGGCCUCGGGGUUCAUUCGGUGUUUGCAUAUUGGGAGAACACAUUGUUUUGGACAACUGUACAUAAUGGUUACACAAAAUUGUGGUACAGUGCAAAGGGACAAGAGAAGCAGUGGUUUGAAGUGGAACAGAAAAUUAUUGGUCUUAAAAUAUAUAAUAGACAGCAAGGAAAUAAUUUCUGUUCAGAGGGAAAUGGUGGCUGUAACCAUUUGUGCCUACCAUACCCUGGAGGUAGAACCUGCAGAUGUUCCACAGGAUAUCGCCUUGUCAAUGAUAGUACUUGUGAAGUUAUGGGGUGUCCAAAACAGACUUGGCCUUGCCUUGAUGGUUUUGACUGCAUCUUGAAUGAACAAGUUUGUGAUGGUGACAAACAUUGUACCGAUGGAUCAGAUGAAAUGGAAUGUGAUAUGUGGAAGGGACCUGUACAGACAAGCAAUGUUUUACCCAACAGUUCUACUGCUGAAGUUGUCUUCUCCCAACAAAUGGCCACUUCAAGGUGGCUUCCAUACAAUGACACAGAGUCCUUCUGCAAACCAGACUGA